AUUUUGUUCAUCUGUUAAAGUGUUCCCCGAGACUGCUAACGCGAAAGUCGGUUUUUGUAAAGCUCUGCGUUAUAAGGAAACCGAUACAAUACAAAAAUGCCUUCCGGUAAAAAUUUUAGGAGGAGAAGGGACUCAUCAGAUGACGAAGAGGAAGAUGAGACAACCGAAGAAGUCAGAUCAAAGCUAGAGGAGGCUAAAGAAAUCCAGAGUUUAAGGAAACGUCAAACCGGUGUCAGUGUGACUGCAUUACUCGUUGGAGAGAAACUUCCACCAGAGGCUGAAAUUGAUAAUGACCCGUUUAAGCUCAAGACAGGAGGCGUGAUAGACAUGAAAAAGGUGAAGGAUAGAAAUAGAGACAUGACAGAAGAUGAGACGGAGCUGAAUCUGGGUACAUCCUUCUCAGCUGAAACUAACAGAAGAGAUGAAGAUGCAGACAUGAUGAAGUAUAUUGAGACAGAGUUGAAGAAGAAAAAAGGACUGGUGGAGGCAGAGGAACAGAAAAUCAAAGUAAAAAAUCCAGAGGACCACCUCUACGAACUUCCUGAGAACAUCCGAGUCAAUUCUGCCAAGAAGACGGAGGAGAUGUUGUCCAAUCAGAUGCUGAGUGGGAUCCCGGAAGUUGACCUUGGCAUUGAUGCAAAGAUAAAGAAUAUUAUCCAGACGGAGGAGGCAAAAGCAAAGCUUAUCGCGGAACAAAGAAACAAGAAAAAAGACAAUGGCACCUCAUUCGUGCCCACUAACAUUGCGGUGAAUUACGUCCAACAUAACCGCUUCUAUCAUGAAGAUUCAAACGCAGCACAGAGGCAUCACAGACACAAAGAACCAGAACCCAAACCAAGACCACUGCGUGUGGGUGACACAGAGAAACCAGGUCUAGAAGCAGCUCCAUCUCCACCCAACUUCCGCAAACGGCCGAACAACGAGAAGGCCACAGAUGACUACCACUAUGAGAAGUUCAAGAAGAUGAAUCGAAGAUAUUAAAAAAGAUCCAGCUUUUUACCGAGUCCAGCAGAGUUAUUGUCAGUCGUGACAUGGUUAUUAGUUUAGAUAAUUCACAUUUCUUUGCUGUUUCUUCCGAUUUAGUAUUUGGUCAAUUGUUUGUAGAAACAUCUUCCCCUGUAUUUCGUAGAUAAAAACAAAACCUCAAUGCUAAUGAGCAUUUAAAAUCUUCACACUGAAACCAAAUCUUCCUUCAGUCCUGCAACAAUUUGAAUACCAACAGCAUCAUUAGUAUUAAGAAACUUUAACAUACUUUACUUGCUGAUCAGUUUCUCAAAUUAAUUUUUAAAGCUUUUUCUGCUCAAUUUAUUUUCGAUGUACAUAACUUCCUGUUCCUUGAACUGUUAGAAAAGAUAAAACCAUUAACGAUGUGUUCUUUUAUUUUGGCUAAAACAUAACAAAAACAUUGCUUGUUAGGUGUAAAUAUUUAGGUCAAACUGUAUUCAAUGUUCAAAGAUUCAUAUUUUUUAAAUCUUUUUCUUUUCUUUUCUGUGAAGUUUAUUAAGUUACCAUUGAAAGAUGUGUAUGGACAAUAAAUGGGACUUUCAAAUCC